AUGCCCAGGACCAGAGAAAGCAGCCAUCAAGGAUCAUCAUCUCAUCCUUCCCACACCUCCAGAGCUCAGCUCACCUUUUCUGUGAGCCUGGUGGAACACCACCUGAGGGAGAGCAGUCAUGCUCCAUGGCUGAGUGAAGGGUCACCCAUCUUCCUGACUGCCAUCCUGGAGUUCCUGAUCCAUAGACUUCUGAAACUGGCAGGCAAUGAGGUUCAACACAGAAGUGCCCAGAGGCUCAUUACUCCAGAGCUCAUGGACAUGGCUGUCUACAAUAGAACACAACUCAGCGACCUGUUCCAAUUCAUCAUUAUCUCCAAGGUGACCCCAGCUCAUUAA